UUUGAAAGGCAGCCAUGCAGCUCCUACCAUCCUCUCUCCUUUUCUCCAUCCUCUUGCAAAUCAUGUUACAGUGGUGGCUUGACAGUUACGGCUCCAGGUUACUAAUCGGAAGGUUGGGGGUUAAAGCUGCCACUGUUGGAUCCUUAACCCUCUCUGCUCCAGGGGCGCUGUAUCAUGGCUGACCCUGCCCUCUGACCCCAACCUUCUCACAUGCUGGGAUAUGCGGAAAAAAAAGAAUUUCACACUGCUGUAAUGUAUAUGUGACUAAUAAAUUGUCAUUAUCAUUAUUCCUUUAUAAUUAUGAUCUCUUGUCUUUCUUUCCUUCCCAAGUCUGCACAGGUGGAGGACUGGAAAACAGCCACGUCUAUUUAUGACUUCACUGUCACAGAUAUCGAUGGCAAUGAAGUGUCUCUGGAAAAAUACAGAGGCAAGGUGGUUAUCAUCACCAACGUUGCCACCCAAUGAGCCAAAGCCCCAGUAAACUACUCUCAGUUUGCACAGAUGCACGCCAAGUACGCUGAGAGAGGUUUAUCCAUCCUGGCUUUCCCAUGCAACCAGUUUGGCAACCAGGAACCUGGCACCCAUGAAGAGAUCAAAGAAUAUGCCAAAUCCUACAAUGCACAGUUUGACUUAUUCAGCAAGAUUAAAGUAAACGGACCAGAAGCUCAUGACCUGUGGAAGUGGUUGAAAGCGCAACCCAAUGGCAAAGGAUUCCUAGGAAAUGGAAUCAAAUGGAAUUUCACCAAGUUCCUCAUUGACCAAAAAGGCCAGGUUGUGAAGAGAUACUCACCACUGAGCAAUCCAAUUGAAAUAGAAGUAGAUGUCCUGAAAUAUCUGUAAACCCUGCAUUUAAUUUCACCUUGAGCUAGAUAUCCUCUUAGACAGCCAUUUCCAUUUCCAUUCCCAAUCCUCUCCUGCAGCCUGCUGGGAGUUAGUGGCAUCAUCCCAUGGAUUCAUGACAGUUUGUCUUGAAAACCGCCCUGUGGAAAGGACAAACCUGAUGCAUUUGGCGUGCAACUCCUCAUGGGAAGAUCACCAGUGCACAGAUGGUUAAAAGGAAAGGGACCCCAUUCCUUCUUUACCAUAAUACUGUCUCAAGAGACCAUUACAGUUGCAGUCAGAAAUUACUCAAUGUACUCAGUUUGAAACUCUUAUAAGUUCUGAAUAAAGUCUUAAUACCACUU